AUGGCAACUCAUGGUUCUGUGGGAGAAUUUGCUCCGGGCAAAGAGACCUGGUUAUCUUAUGCAGAGAGACUUGAGCAAUAUUUCCUGGCAAACGAUGUACAAGCUCAGGAAAAGAAAAGAGCUAUCCUCUUAAGUGUUUGUGGUGCAUCGACGUACCAACUAAUUCGUAACUUAGUAUCUCCACAGAAACCGUCAGAGAAGACCUUCGACGAGCUGGUGAAGUUAGUACAGGAACACCAUCAGCCGCCGCCGUCUGUUACAGUUCAACGAUUCGCCUUUCACUCCCGUACGCGUAAGGAGGGAGAAUCUAUCGCCAACUUCGUUGCUCACCUUCGAGAACUUUCGGAACAUUGCCAGUUUGGUGACACACUCAACGAUAUGCUUAGAGAUCGCCUUAUCUGUGGAUGUAAUGAUGAUCGCCUGCAACGUCUACUGUUGCAAAAACCAUCACCUCUAACGAUUGACAAAGCAUUUACAAUUGCACAAGCCCACGAAUCAGCUGAACGAAGUGCCAAAGAUCUACUAAGGCCGGACUCAUCUCAGGUUAACUCACUGAAAGGACGACGAGAUCCUAAUUUCUCAAGAGAUCGUGCUGUUAGCAUCGAAUGCUAUCGGUGUCUAGGGGCCCAUUCCCCAGCUGUUUGCAGAUUCAAAAACGUUGCCUGUUCAUUCUGUAAGAAAACAGGGCACAUUGCAAGGGCCUGUCGUUCUAAAAGGGGUCCUGUACAAAAGGACACUCACAAAAGUACUCACACUACGCGUAGGAAAAACCUGAGAGAUACGCCGAAACGAGCGCAUCAAAUCACUGACUCGGAAGCUGACCACUCCCCAAACGAAUCAACGUAUACAUUGUUUAACAUGAAUACCAAUCGUGUAAAACCCAUUCAGGUGACCGUGAAUGUUAACGGUGUGGACAUCACCAUGGAAGUAGACACUGGAGCCUCGGUUUCAAUAAUCAGCGAGUCUACAUAUCGCAAGUACUGGGAAAAAGGCCAAGCACCGCCUAUUGUACCAUCCAGUACCAAUCUGAAAACUUAUACACUUACAGUUGUGAAAGGAUCUGGACCAAGUCUCCUUGGAAGAGAUUGGUUACUCAAGAUAAAACUCAACUGGGAAAAACUGCACUUAAAUUAUUUACAACCUAAAGCCUUGAAAUUAGAGGAUGUUCUAAAUCGUCACAACGUCCUGUUCAAGGAUGAACUAGGUCUAGUACAAAGCACACAAGCAAAACUACAUGUUGACCCACAAAGUCAACCCAAAUACUUCAGACCAAGACCAAUUCCAUAUGCUCUACGAGGUAAAGUGGAACAAGAACUAGAAAGACUGGAGAAAGCUGGCAUCAUAGAGCCUGUAGAAUUUUCAGAAUGGGCUGCACCUGUUGUCCCAGUCAUCAAACGGGAUGGAACUGUCAGAAUUUGUGGUGACUACAAGCUCACCGUAAACCAAGCCGCUAAGUUAGAUACUUACCCACUUCCAAGGUGGAUGAUCUCUUCUCUCAACUGGCUGGAGGGAAAAAGUGUGUCUGAAGAAGAGCACUUGCAAACGUUGGACAAGGUGUUGAGUCGACUAAAGGCAGAGGGGAUGCGUCUGAAGCGAGACAAAUAUGCCUUUAUGCUCCCAAAGGUUGAAUACCUGGGGCAUGUUAUAACAGCUAAAGGACUACACCCCAGCUGA